UCCGAUGCCCCGACAGGACUCAGCAGUCAUGGCCGGCAGUCUGACCCACCACGGCUCCCCGAACCCGGCUUACAGCUCCAACAACGCGGUCCCGGUGCCGGUCAUCACACAGACGGACUCCAGGGACAAAUGGAGCAAAAAGAUGGAUUUUCUCUUGUCUGUCAUUGGCUUUGCGGUGGACCUGGGAAAUGUUUGGAGAUUUCCGUACAUAUGUUAUCAAAACGGUGGCGGUGCUUUCCUCAUUCCCUACAUUUUGAUGGCCAUCUUUGGCGGUGUGCCGCUCUUUUACAUGGAGCUGGCUCUGGGACAGUUCCACAGAACCGGAGCCAUAUCCAUAUGGAAACACAUCUGUCCCAUUUUCAAAGGUAUAGGAUAUGCCAUUUGUAUCAUCGCUCUGUAUGUGUCCUUCUACUACAACACCAUCAUCGCCUGGGCCCUCUUCUACUUCUACUCCUCUUUCUCCAGCAUCUUGCCUUGGACAAACUGCGACAAUGUGUGGAAUACCCCCGACUGCACCAACUAUUUUGGCAUUGACAACGUCACCUGGACGAAUUCCUCCAAGUCUCCGGCAGAGGAAUUUUACACGAGGAACGUUCUUGAGAUCCACAAGUCGUCCGGGCUGAAGAACGUCGGGGGUGUUCGCUGGCAGUUGAUGCUCUGCCUUUUUCUCAUUUUCACCAUCGUAUACUUCAGCCUCUGGAAGGGCGUGAAGACUUCAGGGAAGGUCGUGUGGGUGACCGCCACCUUGCCUUACAUAGUGCUUUUCAUCCUGCUAAUUCGAGGAGCCACUCUGCCAGGAGCCUGGAGGGGUGUGGUGUUUUACCUAAAACCCCAGUGGGGGAAGCUGCUGGAGACCAGUGUGUGGGUGGAUGCUGCUGCUCAGAUAUUCUUCUCUCUGGGGCCAGGGUUCGGGGUCCUCCUGGCUCUCUCCAGCUACAACCCUUUCACAAAUAACUGCUAUCGUGACGCCAUCGUGACCAGUUUGGUGAACUGUCUGACCAGCUUUGUGUCGGGGUUCGUCAUCUUCACGGUGCUGGGCUACAUGGCAGAGAUGAGGAAGGUGGAGGUUGAGGAUGUAGCCAAGGAUAAAGGACCAAGUUUACUCUUCAUCACGUACCCAGAGGCCAUCGCAAACAUGAUGGGCUCCACCUUUUUUGCGAUCAUCUUUUUUGUGAUGAUGAUCACGCUGGGACUGGACAGCACGUUUGGAGGGCUGGAGGCGAUCAUCACUGCUGUGUUGGAUGAAUACCCGGAUCAUUUCUCUCACAGACGUGAACUUUUUGUUCUGGGCUUGGUAGUUGUCUGCUUUCUGGGCUCUCUAAGCACCCUUACAAAUGGUGGUGCCUAUGUGGUGAAGCUGCUGGAGGAAUUCGGAGUAGGAUGCUCCAUCAUAGCUGUGGGUUUCCUUGAGGCCAUCGCAGUUUCCUGGUUCUACGGUAUCAACAGAUUUAGCAAUGAUGUUAAAUCAAUGCUGGGCAAAGCUCCAGGAUUAUUCUGGAGGGUGUGCUGGGUUGCCAUCAGUCCAGCAUUUCUAGCGUAUAUUAUAGUGAGCUCCAUACUGAAAGCUCCGCACCUCACGCUGUUUGACUAUACAUACCCUGACUGGAGCAUCACAGUGGGGUACAUCAUUGGCUUCUCAUCCUUCAUGUGGAUCCCCAUCUACAUGGUCUACAAGCUGGUGUGGACUCCUGGAUCUCUUAAGCAGAGGUUGGCGGUGUGUCUCAGACCGGAGAGGACCAUACCAGACAUCCACGCUGACAGCCUCAACAUGGCCACCGUGCCGUAGAAAGAAAAAACAGAACACCUUAACACGUGAAAAAAUACACUGGUCCCCUCCUUGUAGUUUUUUAUUCAAACCGCAGUUUUAAGUAAUUUGUAAGUGAACCUGAACAUUAUCUGACAUCAUGACUGUUUAUGAUGUUGAACAUGUCAACUUUCACUGCACAUGUACACUCUGUAAAAUGGUAAAAUGCUGCUAAAUUUUUAAUUUCAAGAAGAGCUGAGAUAGCAAUACUCACACCUUACUGUACGGUCUGUGUGCACUCAGAUCUACCUGCAUCACCAGGACAGUUUGUAGCUUUCACAUUUUCGCCAUUUUGUUGCAUUCGUGUGGUCGUAGGAGUCAUGUUUAUAUAAUGGUCUGCUUUUUCCCUUCAAUCAGAUGUCUUCAUCUCAAAAGGACAAUAUGCCAAGGGACAUUCAGCACAUCUUUCCUAUUUCAUGGGGCCGUUUUCUCUCGUUAAGUUCUAUAUUUUCUGUAGUUUGUUAAUGGUAAUAUGAAAUGCAUGCUCAGCUAUAUCAACAAUGGAAAACACCAGCGUUGCACUUGGAGCAACAGUGAGGAUGACACAGGUUUACACCACUAGAAUAAUCACAGCGGCAGUGUGUUUCACAGGUAACUUCACAUAAUAAUAAAAACAUUAUUCAGUGAGCAGGUUAUCCAUUCAACGGUCAACACAAUCUAUAGUAUGCCAGCUUUGUUUUUCAUAUGUGUUACCAGCUCUGCUGUAUUUUUGUGGCAGUUUCAACCGAUAUUGUGUGUUCAAGGAAAGAAAUUAAAUGGGACCAAACUUAAAUCAGCUUGACACUAAAUUACAGUCCUUUUUUUUUUUUUUUUGUCAAUGCUGUAUUUAAUAUUUAUAGAGUAGAUCUGUACUGUAAUACAGUUCUUGUAUAGGAUUUAAUGCCAGCUGCUGGAUAUAUAUCUGCUAAAAGGAAAUGCUCUGUUUUUCCCUACAAGUGUUUGUAACGGAGAUAAGUGAGGCACUCACAAAUUUGAUGUUUUCAGAAAAAAAGUAUCUUUUUAAAUCUAGUGCAUCGUUUUAAUGUUGGCAUUAUAAAGAGUAGAGCCUGUGUACUUCCUGGCCAUUCAGUGCAGUAAGUACAGCUGUAAGUAUAAUGGUUCUUUAAAGUCAAAAUUAACUUUUUGGUCUUCAUCUGAUGGCUUCAUUUAACUCCAGAUAGACUGUUUUGCCUUAAUCUGCCUAAAUAUUACACUGUAUGUACAAAACUUGUAAAGGUUGUAUUGAUAUUGUGCCUCUCCAAUGUUUUCACUCUCUAAUUUAAGACUGUUUAAGACACAAAGCAUAGUAUCACUUGUGUCUUUGCCACGUGUGUGAUCUAAAAGUGCUUCAUACUUUAUUUAUAUUCAGAGAACAAUGUGAUGGGCAAGGUGAUGAUUGUUUGUGUGACUUUAAGUCCUUUUCAACCUGGUUUAUGUACUAGUCAGAUGUGUAUAAAGUAAUUAUAGUAUAUAUUA